CGCGCGCCCGUCUCGUCUGACUGCAGCGAGUUCAUUCCGGAAUAAAGUCACCUCCAUAGCAGUUUAUUCGCGUAACACGUCCACGGCGAAAACUUGUUUACAAAUGCUCCAGUGGUUUAGAUGUACCGAUGACGUCACAGAAGGGUGCAGGUGGAUGGAUGUAUGAUAUUAAUGUGAGUGUUCUCGGAAUUAAUGGAAAGUCGACGACGCGUCACCAAAUAUGACAGUUUACUCGAUAAAAGUAAAACAUUAUAUCAGAGUUCGUCAUUUUGGUUUCUACAAGUUCGCGGGUGGCUGGAGAUGCACCUAACGGGACUGAUAAUCACGCUGGGAACUUUCUCCACUGUCCAAGGUUUUGCUGAAGUUCGCCUGUCCGACGAAGACCAGCUGAUCAAGCACCUGCUUCACAUGUACAAGCGACGAGGACGCUAUGGCCGGCCCGUCAAGCACUUCAACGACAGCGUCAAGAUCCAGUUCAACAUGCAACUCAUCCAGAUCAUGGACCUGGACGAGAAGGAGCAGGUGUUGACGCUCAACGUCUGGGACAGAUACACCUGGGUGGAUGAAUAUCUCAAAUGGGAUCCAAAGGAUUGGGGUGGAGUCGACAAAAUCAGAAUUCCUCCUACCAAAAUAUGGAUCCCAGAUAUAAAAUUGUACAACUAUGCAGACACUCGUUUGGAAGAACACCGAGACGCCAGUUGCGUCGUGUCAUACACCGGCUCCAUCCUGUGGAUGCCGCAGGCCGUGUACCGCAGCUCGUGCGAGAUCGACGUGUCGUCAUUUCCGUUUGACGUUCAGACAUGCAAAUUGAAAUUCGGCUCCUGGACAUACGACGGGACGAAGGUGGACCUGGAGGUUUUCGGACAGCAGGUGCAGAUCGACCUGACGGAGUACGUUCCCAGCAACGCCUGGCAGAUUCUUCAGGCGCCGGCUAAGAAAAAUGUCGAGAAGUACACGUGUUGUCCGGAACCGUAUGUUGACUUAACGUUCACCCUGGUAUUUCAGAGGGUUUCCACAUUCUACAACUAUAUUUUGAUACUCCCCUGCAUUCUCUUGACGUCGUUAACGCUCGUACUCUUCUGGAUUCCCCCAGAGUCGCCGGCGAAGCUCAUGCUAGGUAUUAAUAUAUUUGUUGCAUUCUUCCUAUUGCUGUUGCUGAUGGAAUCCAAUCUUCCGCCAGCUGCAGCUACAGUACCACUGUUGGGUACCUACUACUGUCUAAACAUGAUACUGAUCACGCUUUCAUCGUUUCUAAAUGCCUUUGUGGUCAACAUGUCAUUCUACGGAGCAAGAAGACCAGUUCCCAAUUGUUUGCGAAAGGUGCUUUUCAGUUUCUUUGGCAAGAUUUUAUGCAUGGACAAUCUGAUACAGCCGUUUCUCGGAAAUCAGCAACAGAAGACGCAUGGGGGAAAGUAUGUUGGAGUGAAUGGUGAAAACAAAUGGCUGCACGACGUUUCGUCGGAUCUGUUGAUGCGCACGAAGAAGCAGGGGCCUCCAGACGAGCAGCACGGGCAACUGGCUCUGAUUAACUAUCACCUCCUUGACUUGAUGGACUUCUUGAAAGUGUAUAGAAACAGACUGGAGGAGAAGGAUAAAAAGGACAAAGUAGCAAAGGAGUGGAAAGCGGCUGGACUGAUAUUCGACAGGAUAUUUUUUCUAGUAUACCUCAGUACGAUCGUUGUGUCCAUGUGUGUGUUACUGCCUAUCAUUACGCUGACCACGCAUGAGUCAAAUGUCGACUUUGGUGAAAUGGCUUGAAAGAAAGAGAGAUAAAAAACAAAACAAAUAUAACGAAUUAAUUCGUCAUCAUGUUUCACGAUGGUCGUCAAACUGUUUACAUUGUUUUUUGCCCACAGAAAUGUACAUUUAAGUAUAUCAUCAUCACCAUUAUUAUUAUCAUUAUUAUCAUCAUCACCGGCAUCAGCGUCGUCUAGUAAGUGGUGUUUCAGUUACUAGUGUUCCAUCACGUGGUUUUGUGCCCACAUGUCUACACGCCGUGUCAUCAUCGUCACCGUCAUUGACACAACCACUAUCAUCAGCAUUAUCACCAACAUGAUCGUCAUAGUUAUCACAAUCAUCAUCAUCAUCAUCAUAUUAUUAUUACUAUUAUUAUUAGUAGUAGUAUUAUUUUGUAUGUUCCGAAAGACCUUAUACAUCAGAACAAAUGCACUGUUUGCACGUUUAUCAUCAUUGUCAUCAUCAUAUGAACAUCAACUUUAUGACAUCAUAUUUUGUCAAUGCCGACAUCUCUCUGAUUAUGAUAUCAAAGGCUCUUUUGAAGACAUGGUAUUGUUAUUUAGAUGUUAACAGUGCUCGAUACUGCUAUGCAUAAUAACUUGCAGAUUCUUUAUAACAAUAUUGAUACACAAGCAACUACAUGUAUAUAUCAAUCCAUGCACACCAAGUAUUUACCGGUAUAAGUAUAUGUUACAAUAAGUUCAAUUUCACGAGUGUUAUUUUAUACAACAAGCCCCCCUAUUCGCUGGCCAUAACCAAAUCUCGCAUUUUCCAUUUGCUUUAUGAAAUCUCUUUUAAUAUGUAACACUCACAAUCGCCAAUGGAUUAUAAAUGCAUUAUUAGACCAAAUAUAUGUUUUAUUCAAAACAUAAAUCCUUCCCCAACAUGAACACACACAGAUUAAUAAGACAGAGAGAAAAAGGACAAAUAUUGUCAGUUGUGUCAAAUUUAGCUAUUUACAAAUUAUACGAAAUAUGUGCUUACUUUUUGUAUUAUGAAAAAAAAUAACAUCAAUCUGAUCUGAACGACAAAGUCGUAAUACGUGAUCAGUGCCGUAGCUCUGUACAAUACAGAAUCGAAUGGGCAUUUGGCAAAAUAGUGGUUGAUUCCAUGAAUCUCUAUCUUUUGCCUCGUCUAUAGGAGGACAUCCACUCCUGAGGACAUUCUUUACUGAAUAUUUAAUUAUUGCAUCGCCAGACAGAGGACUGCCACUCCCAGACUAGUUUACUAAAUGAAAACCAGCAUAUGACAGAGCUUACUGGAUAAGUACAGCUGUGUCGAUAUUCCUAGUUCACGGUAGAAAACUACCGAUGGUUUUUUUUAAUUAUUAUUAUUCAAGAAUUAUGGGGGGGGGGGGGGGGGCGGUAUUUGGAGCAGUAGCGUUUUUGUUUUCAAAUUUCAAAUGAUUCAACGCAGAAGUAAUUUUGACUCGAGAUAUACAUGUGUAUGGCAUGGGGGGGGGGGGGCACUUUUAUUAUUGUACGGAUAACGGAAGAAGCGCAUUGACAUCACACUUUAUUGUACAACGUGCACACGAAAUGUAAUCUCAACGGUAUGCUAUUUCGUUCCUCGUUUUGUUAAAAGUUCUAUUUGCGGUACAUAACAACAUACUAAUUGAAUUUUCUGACGUUACUUGUUUUCACUGAAAUUACCGCCCGGCAUUUCUCUUUUAUCGUUAAUUCAAAGAGAGUUUGUUUAUUACGUAAACAGAUGCGCCAUUGCAUCAUGCGUCACAAACCAUAAUAAAAAAGUCAACAGAAAUGAUAAACGAAAAUUACUUUGUCAUGGCUUCGAUUUUAGUAGCUUUUUUUAAAUUUUAUGUUAAGAUGUUUUCAUUUCCAUUAAAAACUAUUUCAAUUCUAUAUCCUGCCUUAAAACUGUUUUUUGGUUAAAAGGAAAAAAAAAAAACUUGCGUAAACUUCCUUGAAUAGUGACGUAAUUCGUGCGAUUGUUUUUACGUCUGCAAAUGAUAUGAACAUCUUGAAAAUAUUUUAGAAUGACUUUAUGUAUGGAUAACGAUGAUCCUUGGUUUUGAAUAAAGUUUGAAAAGUUUAGCGUUGGUAAGACGUUUUGCGGUGAUUUCGUGAAAGCAAAAGUAAGAAUAACACUCUUUUUUUUUACUAGCUACUUGGAAUACAAAGUAUACAGUAAAAUAGACUUGAAACUGUGUGGCUUAUUGUUAACAAUUUGAUUGUAACGUUAACCUUAAGGUGAAUAAGCGUCUAUAAAAUGUUUAUGUGAUGUAAAUUAUGCAGUGGGUAGUUAGUCCUGUUAAAUAACAAAAUUCAGGAACUAUUUUAUUAAAAUACUAGUACCGUGAAAUCCUUUAUUUUCAUGGGUUUAAAUUUUAGUUGAUUUUUGCGAAAAUACACACUUCGUUGGGUACCUAAUCUCAUUAGUUGAAAAGGUAGCAUCGCAUAUGUAGUAUAAAUAUACAGGUAUUAUAUUUUCGUUGUGUUCUUAAAUUCGGUGACUGCACUAGUUCACGAAUUACACGAAAAUUAGAUCACCAUGAAUAGAGGUGAUUUCACAGUAUACGUUUAGCGCAGUUGGACAUUUUAUAUGGGCUUUUUUGUUGUUGUUUUUUAUUUAUUUAUUUAUUUGUCUUUUUAAGGAUUGAUAAAUUCUUGACAAAUCGCAGUGCCACCACAUCCUCAUAUUAUAAUUGUUAAAUUUUAAACUGAGCACCUCUUGUGAUACUUGUAUAUACUAAACGCACUGGAUGUAAAUUGAUAUUGGCCUAUGUCGUAGAUAUUUUAUUUUUUAUUCUUAAAUGACGAAAUCAAACAUGCAAUAUAUUAACACUGUUGUCUGAUUGUAACAUUGCUUUGUGAUAAAUUAUACAUGUAUGUUUAAUAUUCCGCGAGUACCUGUGUACAUUGAGAAUAUUUUGAUACCUUUUCAUAUGUUUCUGCUUUUUUUUUAAACUCGAGUAUACGUUGAACGUAGUUUGGUUUCAUUUGAUGGAUUACAAUUACAGCCCUUCAUUAUUCACUGAAAUAUUCCUCACCUCGUCAAACAAAAAUGAUAUUAAAACUGUAACACACCGCUAUUUGUAGGUAUACGCUUGUUUGAUGUAAGGUGAUCAAGGGAAUUAUUCUUGAAAAAUAAAUUCCACGAUGAUAGUUGAGUGUAAAGAGGGAAUUAAUCUUAAAAAUACAUUUCACGUUGACAAUAUAUAUAUAUAUAUAUAUAUAUAUAUAUAUAUAUAUAUAUAUAUAUAUAUAUAUAUAUAUAUAUAAUCAUAAAAUACUCAAUAUCAUACUCGCCACAUGCAGAACUAAACAUACUUUAUACUUUUACCGAAAUAUUUAUGAAAUUUCAAUUUAAAAAACCGCUAACAUUCUUGUCUUUCUAUAUGAGUAGGAAGGUUAAUACUAGUCACAAUAAUUUACCGAAAAACAAACGAAUCUAUCUAUCUAUCUCUAUCUAUCUAUCUAUCUAUAUAUAUAUAUAUAUAUAUAUAUAUAUAUAUAUAUAUAUAUAUCGUUACAUGUAUAUAUAUUUUUAUUUAUUUCGAAAACAAACCGUCAUAAAAGUAUGUCGGUAAUAAUAACAAAACAUUGGUAAGUUUAACAGAAUCAAAACUAAUGGGUUCCUACUGGAUACUUUUUAAAUACAUAAUAAUAAUAAUAAUAAUAAUAAUAAUAAUAAUAUUCGCGUUUAAGAAAUGUUUGAUAGGGUUUGAUGCAAGUACAAUUAUUAUGCUCAAUCAACUGAGUUUCUUGUUAUUUUAUUUAAAAUGUGUUUUGUUAUGUCUCUGUAUUAAGACAGUAGUAAUAGCUUGUCUUUUCUCCAAUAACUCAUACAGUUACUCCAAUUGAUUAUUCCACUGAAUGCUAAAUAACACACACACAAACACACAGACACACACAGACAUGUUUCUUAUCUAUAAUUGAUUCGCCUCUGCGCUGUGGCUCAAAUAUGAUGUAUGUGCCUAGACUCUAUAACAUGCAAACUAAUGUCCAGAUUAAAUGUAUGUCAAUAAAUGUCAGUUUUAUACUU